UCCUCAACUUCUUUUAUAGUUAAUGUUGAGAAAUAAUCAUUUGCUCUUUCUACUCUUAGAAAUUUUGGCUACUUUUAUAGAUUUUUCCAAAUUAGUUGUAGUCGGUUAUUAUUGAGAUGAUCGAUAGAAGCUUGGCUUUGAUUAUUCUCUUGUAUGCUUGUGCUUUAGAGUCUUUCCUUUUCUUUGCAGUGAUCGCUCAAACAAAGAGUCAAGAACCAGAAGCUCAUAACGGUAUUGCCAGAACCUUUGGGUUUCUAUUUCUUGUAGAAUGUAUUUGUUUGCUAUGUUGGGUAGUUUUGGCUCAACUGUCAAUAGGACAUAAUGUGCAGUUUCUUGAUAGAGUUUUCAUCUUUUUCUUUGUGUUGGGUUUGAUUGCUUCUUGUAUAGGAGGAGGCUAUAUUGCUGUUCCGGAGUGGAGACGUCGCAGUUUACGCCAUAUUAUUGUCCUCUUAUGUUUUUUAGUUACCCUUAUUUACUGGUCUUUAUUUUCAUCUUCGUUGGGUGUAGAACUCGAUAUACCUUUCAUCGAUAAUAGCUCAAGUCGGGGACUGAUGACUGCAUUGCAAGGAAGUUUAUUGGCACUUUGUCUCUGUUGUUUUAUUCGUAUCUUUCGUCCUUUAAAGGGACGAAAUGGAGCAUUGAUAUUGUUCCUUGGAAAUAUGAUGACUUUCAUGUCAAUACUAUUAUUUAAAGUAUUGCACUCGGAAUGUGCCGGAACUGAGAAAUUGCUGGAAAAUUGUCCACUUCCUUUACGACUUGAUCACAACGCAUUGUUGAUAUUUCUUCUGUUAUGUUCCAAUACGCUUGGAGCAGAGGGAAGUUUACGCUUAAUGGCAGCAGGAAAUGGAAUGGAAGGGUACUUGGAAAUACCCGAUGGAAUAGCAUAGGAAAAAAGUACAGCAAGGACUGUUCAAAGCUCCCAUAUUAUAACCAGUUUGGAUAGUUGGGAGGAAUACGAACCAAAUCCGUAUCGAACAACUCAAUAAACUGUUCAUUCAACAG